AUGGCAAAGUUAAAUGAGACCACUGCAGAUGGAAGCAAAAGAUUUAAGACAGACUUCCCAAAAUAUAACGAUGAUAACAAAUCAGAAGACAAGUAUCAAGGGGUCCAGUUACCGAUGGAGAUCCUAUUAAAAAUAUUCUCUUACCUCAACAAAGUUGAAUUGUUAAGGAUGGGGACUAUGUGCAGGUCUUGGAGGGAUUUGAUCCACAAUACGCCCAGUUUAUGGCGAAAUAUACACUUGGAUUUAUCCUGUAAUCGAAAAUCAGCCCACAACAGAAGAACUUUCUGGUACGCACAGCAGUUUGGAAUGAACUUCUGGAAUUUAUCUGUCUCGUGCUCUCACGAACAUGAAUCUGACGUUUGCAAAUUCAUGGGCGUCGACUUCCGGAAAUUGUUACUCACCAUGCAACCACCGAGUCUAAGGUCGAUAAAAAUAACUGACCUUGAGCUUCGAGGCGCGUUACUCAAUACUGUAAAAGUAAUUAGAGAGAUGCUAAUUCAAACUUUAAACAGGACUGACGGACUACAUAGCUUCAAAAUGUCCGCUCUGUUUAGUGUUGAAGAAGGCAGCAAGGUUCUUGACGCUGUUUUUUCCGUGUCUCGCGGAACUCUAGAGACUCUCUACAUCGACAGGUUUUUUAGAAAGUCCUUGUUGUAUUACCAUAGGAAUGAACAUGACAAACUGACCAAUGGCAUCCUUUCUCUUACUCGCUUGACCAAACUGGGGAUCGAUUACUUACAACUUACUGAUGGUUUUUUGACGGCCCUGUCUAGAUCACACGCCGGACAGCUGAAGAGACUGAAAGUUGUGGCACGAGAUUUGAAGGAGGACGUACCACGCUUUAAUUAUUAUAAUCAUAGUAAUACGCUAGCGACAGACUCCUGGUUGCCUUUGACAAAGUCUUGCCCAGAUCUGCGAGUGGUCUUUGUUACAGACGAUCUUACCUUAGCAGAUUUCGAGUCUAUUAUGGAGAUUCUGAACCCGGUUAUGCCCAUCUACAAGAUAAAGAUUUUGUCCGUGUUUGAAUAUUUGGACGAUUUGGGCUUUGAGAAUGUGCUCAACGAAAUCACGGCUAACUUUAAAAACACUCUGGUCAAGUUUGAGAUGGAACGCUCGAACACCGCUACCCACAUUGAUGCAGCUUUUCUUGAUCUUGUCCGAAACUGUCAACGUCUGACGUAUAUAAAGGUCUCCGUCAACUUCUCCGACCCAGAGACUGAGAGGAUGGCCCAGGAGCUGGUACAAGCGAGAAGGCGCCAGCUAGAGACGAGCAAGUCCCAGGAAAUGCCCAACAAGCGGGCGAAACUAACCCCGGCCGACGGUCCAGGUUCGAGUCCCGCGUAG